AUGGUUGAAACAGUCCAUCAGCGUAACAGUAGACCUGAGGUGGUUACUGUGAAAACAGAGACACCCGUAGUGGAUACGAAAGAUGAACCCAAUGAAGAGGCAUUUGACGAAAUUGAUGAGUUGCCGUUUUCAGCAAAUUUCAUACCGACGAACAACAAAUCAAGUUCCGUGUCCCUAAUAGCGAACGACGUAAAUUAUAGUAGCCAGUUCAUGGGCGACAAUGAUGACCGUAGUUUCGAUAAAGAUGAUAUUUGUUUUAAAGAUGACUCCGAAGAUUCGGAUCCCUUUGAUGACACUGAAAUGGAUGCAAAAACCGAUGAUAUUCCGCUAUCUAUAUUGUUGGGUAAAUUAUCAAAACACUCAACCAAAGGCCAGAAUGCGUCUGUGAGUACAGGCGAGGAAAAUAUAGCUAGCAAACCAAAACGAGGAAGAAAAAAGCGUGUCGAAAAGGAAUUCAUAGAUGAUGAUAUUUCAAAUCGCAAGCCUAGAAAAUCCAAAACAAAGGAAAAAUCUAGCAAGGAAAGCGAGGAGGAAAGUGCAUACAAGAAUAAAAUGAAAUCCUUUGAUCAGGAAAUAUCACAAUACAUGGGUCUACAUUGCGAUGUUUGCAACAUUGCCAUCGACAACUUUGCUGGUAUCAAGAGUCAUAUGCGUGUGGAACACAACAUUGACAAUGGCUAUGUAAAAUGUUGCGAUAAAAAAUUCCACAAAAGGGCUAAUCUUUUGUACCACGUCCGACAUCAUGUUGAUCCAAAUUGUUAUAGAUGCGAGGAUUGCGAUCAAACAUUCUCCGAUUACCAAUCGCUGCGUAAUCAUCUAAAUGUUAAACAUCAGAAGGAAGAGGAUAAAAUAUACCAAUGUACGGAAUGCCCCAAGAAAUUCGCCCGGAAGUAUUUACUGGAACAACAUAGGACUUUUAAACAUAAAGAUCACAAACAGUGUAAAAUGUGUAAUAGAAGAUAUAAGACCAUAGAAGAACUAGAAGAACACAACAAGGAGCCCUGUGCUGUGGGCAUUAUGUGUGAUAUAUGCGCAAAAGUUAUAUUUGGGCCUGGAGCAUUUAAGCGCCAUCAAUUGGAGCACGAUAGCAGUCAGGCGCACAAAGUUCAGUGUGAUAUGUGUGGAUCGUGGCACAGGGACAAAUAUGCCCUGAGGAAACACAAAAGGCGGCACUUGGAGCCGAAAACACCACAUGUUUGUGAUAUUUGCCAAAAAGUGUCGCCCAGUCGGGAAGCUAUGAUUAGUCACAAGAAAUAUGCCCAUCGUUCCGAAAGGAUAUUUGAAUGUGAAUUUUGCCAUAAAUGUUUUAAGCGGCCAAUAUCUUUGCGAGAGCACUUGACAACACAUACAGGCGCAGUGUUGUAUACAUGUCCACAUUGUCCAAAAACGUUUAAUUCAAAUGCCAAUAUGCACUCACAUCGUAAAAAUGCACAUCCCGUAGAGUUUGAAGAGGCGCGUAAACGACGUAAACGAAUUGGUUAUUUGGGUGAUCAGAAAACCGGUGCAAUGGAUGGGGAGAAGAUAAACAAAGAACCAGCGGGUUCUGAGGUUACAACAAACCCCGCAGCAAUAAAAACAAACGAUGCUAUUACCAAUAGCAAUAAUGAACAAAAUAAAGAAAUAUGA